CUCACGUUUUGGAAUCCGUCUGUAACUUCAUUGACGUGUAUUACAAUAAUUUACAACCAUAGAACAUGGAACAGACUGACGUGUUCUUUUGGACAUUAUCAUUACGACACUGUUAUCAGUCGCUGAAAUUUAAGAUUUUUUACGAUUUCAAAUGACAAUACAUAAUAUUCUGCAAGUAAUACAUAAAAAACUAAUUAAAUACGCCAAGACGACAACACGCCGGCAUUUUCAUUUGUGUAUAUAAUAACUAUAAAGUAAUGAUCAACGUCGUUAACGAUCUUGAGUAGAAUCAUCUUCCAGAAAAUCGUCAUCUCCAUUGAAAUAUUUGUUAAUUCUGUGUUUAUGUUUAGUGGUAAGGAAUCAUCCAAAUCAGUAUAUAUAUAUUUAAGCAGUUAUUAUUUUAAUACCUAUUUAUGUAUUAUCUAUCUGUCAAUAAGUAUUAUGAAAUAAAAUCUUGUUUUGUUGAUAUUAUGUAUCCUGUUUACUUAUAGAUGGCGGAUUUUACUGACUGGUUUAAGAAUAUCCCUUAUUUCACAAAACGAUGGCUUUCUCUAACAGUGAUGUUUACACUAGCUGCUCGGUUUGGUAUUUUGAAUCCAAUCAAGUUUGUGUUAAUCUAUGAACCGUUUGUAAAAAAAUUUGAAGUAAGCUAUUGUUGAUUUUAUCUAUGUUUUUUAACUGUUGGCGAGUUUUUUUUUUGUAACUUGUAUUAUUUACAAAUAGAUAUGGAGAGCAGUCACAGGUUUAUUCAUGUACCCGUUAUCACCGGGCAAUGGAUUACAUUUCUUAAUCAACUGUUAUUUUCUUUAUAGUUAUUCAUUAAGACUAGAAACAGGUCAGUACCUUUAAAGUUUAAAUGGAAUUUUAGUUGAUUGUUUGUCUACAAAGAAUAAUUAAAAACUAAAGUCAUUCACUGUAAUUGGGGGUAUUAAUUUAAAUUAAAUUAAAAAUAAUAAAAUGAAAAUCUACCAGUCUGAGGAAAUAACUUGAGUUUGGUAUUACAGAGAAGUUUUAAUUUGUAUGUCUUAUUUAAUUAAAAUACUAUUUAAAGAGUCUCGGAUAAUACUGUGUUCGAAAUAUUCAUUAGCUAUAUAACUAAUAACUCUCAACAAAAAAGAAAAAGGUAUUUUCAUAUUGCAAUGUUCUUAAAUUUUACAAAUAAUUUUUUAGUAUAUGAUUUAAAAUUGUAUUUUGAUUAUAUUACUAUUAUAUUAGUAUUCAAUGAAAUUUAUUUAUUAUUUAUUGUUAUACUUCAUGACUGUUUAGUUAAAUAUCAAGUAGGUAACCUUGUUAUUAAAAAUAACAAUCAGGGAACACUGAAUAAUAUUAUACCUGUAACAAUAAUUAAAAAAAAAAAACUACAUUAAAACUACUUAUAUAAACUAUGAAGUAAAUAAGUAUUUCAUUACAAGGUUAUUGUCUAAUUUGUAGAAAUUAAUAUUUGGUGCAAAGUUUUUUAACCUAAGAGCUCUAUUUAAAUUUAUUUUAUUUUAAACAUUUAAUUAUAAUUUGUAUUAUUAUGAGCUCAGCAAAAUAUAUUUAACAUAGUUAGAAUAGAUAUAUUAUUGAAAAUUAAUUUUUAAUAUAAUUAAAUUUGUUUUUUCCAUGUUUUUAUUUAGGUGAUAAAUAAUUUAUUUUAUUAGAAUAAAUAAUUUAAACUAUUCACUAUUUAGUAUUUUGAAGAAAUAUUCUAUUAAAGAUAUUAAUUAUAUACUAUAUUCUAAUAGAAACAUUAGUUUAUCCUUUUAUUAACAACUAUUGCAAUUUGCAUUAUAAUUUUGUUUUGUUUGAGGUUUUAUUAAAAUGAGAAUUUGAGAAUCUUGCAGAAGCCACAGAAAAACUUUUUUUUUUAAUAAUUACUUUAAAAUAUACAAUUUUAUUCUGUAGAUUUGUACAGUGGAAGACCAGCUGAUUAUUUCUUUUUACUUCUGUUCAACUGGAUAUGUUGUGUAGUAAUUGCGCUCUUAGCAGAUAUAAUGGUAAAUUAUGUUUUGUUCAUAUUAUGUAAACAUUCUCAAAUUGAAUAAGUGAAUACAGUUAUUUUUUUUUUUUUUAGAUUCUCAUGGAUCCUAUGGUUUUAAGUAUAUUAUAUGUAUGGUGCCAAUUAAAUAAAGAUGCUAUUGUUAGUUUCUGGUUUGGGACUCGUUUCAAAGCCAUGUAUUUGCCGUGGGUAUUGUUUGGAUUCAACCUAAUCAUUUCCGGAGGGUAAAAUAUAUUUAAAAUUUAGUGAUAAUAAAAAGUAACUAUAAAAUUAUUUGAUUUUAUUUUUUAGUGGACUGCAGGAGUUGGUCGGAAUUAUUGUGGGCCACACAUAUUUUUUCCUAAUGUACAAAUAUCCACAAGAAAUGGGUGGACCACAGCUAAUACAAACCCCUCAGAUAUUGUUAGUUUUUUCUUAAUUUAUUUGUUAUUAUUUUUUGCAUAAGUAACAAAUUUGAAAUGACAUUAUUUUUAACCCAUGUAAACUUGUUUUUAUAGCUACAAAUUUUUCCCUAAUGAAAGGACGGUCCACGGUUUUGGUCAAGCGCCAACUAGAGCUACACCAGCAGCAGCUGCGGCCCCGAAUCAGCCUCAAGGAGGUAACGAAGGAAUAAAUUAUCGACGCCAUAAUUGGGGUAGAGGUUAUGUUCUAGGACAGCAACAAUAAACUAAGUCUGAUUCAACCAUGUUUUGUAUUUUUAACAUUUAUUUUACAUAAUACAUUACAAAAAUUUUAAGUGGAAGAAUAUUUAAUUUUUGUAUUUUUGUUGGAGUAAAUAGAUUAUCUUCACUUAAGUAAAUUUUAACUUUAUUAUUAAUGUUAAACUAUUGAUGUAAGAAAAUAUUUAAAACUAUUUAAUAAAUUGAAUUAAUUUAACUAAAAAUAGUAUGCAAAUUUAGGGUUCUCUAUCAUUUAAAAAAUGCUCAAUAAUAACUUAUCAGUUAUAUUAAUAUGAUAUUUAAACUUGAUUUUCAAAAACUUGUAUUAUUAUCAUAGGCACAAUUUCAGUUUUUGACUUGAAGGGGAUAUGGAUAUUUAAAAGAAAUAGACUUGAUAUAUACACUGGGAUAUAAGUGAAAUUGUAUUGAUUUUGAGUAAAUCAAGUUUAAAGUUAUUUGUAUUCAAUAUAAUUAUUAUAUUAUGUGGUCAUAUUAUCAAUGUUUUUGUGUUUAAAUGAUAAAAACAAGUUUUAAACGCUUGGGAAUAAAGAUAUAUGUGUUUUAACAGCUGAAUAAGUUAUGACUUUUUCAUUUGAAGACUAUUUUAGUGAGAUAUAGUAUUUGUUGCACAUGACGUAUAAUUUUCUUAUAUUUUUUUACCACACAAUAGAAUAUUUUUAAUUCAGCUGUGCUCUUAACUCAGAUUUUUUAAAAAUGUCACUUAUACCUCUUGUGUUCUAGGCACCUUAUUUAUAUUAUUUAUCUGCAGAGCCCCUUCCCUUUAUCUAAUAUUGUAUUAUUCAGUAAUUAUAAUAAAAAUUAUUUAGGUAUCUAUACCGAGCACAUGUUGAGAUUAUCAAUUCUUUUGUUUAUGGAGGUUUCAUAACCUACCUAUGCCCUAUAUUAAUAUAUUCAUUUUUAAAGGAACUAAUUUUAAGUCUUCUAAAACUGACUAUUAAGAUAUUAAUAUUAAUAAUUUUA